CUGUCGUUCAGAGAAGCAUCUGCGGCUCGCGCUGUGCCAGCUGUCCUCGCGCACUCUGCUCGGUGCUGGGCAACGGAGAGAAGCUGCUGCGGAGAAUCCGCCGAUCUGCGAGAAAUCAGGACUAUGGCUGCUAACAUGGGAUCCAUGCGUAUCCUCAUCAAGGGAGGGAAGGUGGUGAAUGACGACUUCACCCAGGAAGCGGACGUCUACAUUGAGAAUGGCAUCAUCCAGCAGGUUGGAAAGGAGCUCAUGAUACCAGGUGGAGCGAAGGUGAUCGACGCCUCCGGAAAGCUGGUGCUGCCGGGAGGAAUCGACACCAGCGUGCAUCUGCAGCAGACGUUCAUGAACGCCAGCAUCCAGGAUGACUUCUACAGCGGGACCAAGGCGGCUCUGAUGGGUGGCACCACCAUGGUGAUGGGCUUGGUCCUGCCAGAACAACACUGCUCCCUGCUGGACGCCUACGAGAAGUGCCGAGCUCUGGCCGACGCCAAGGCCUGCUGCGACUAUGCCCUGCACGUCGGGGUGACCUGGUGGGGACCAAAGGUGCGCAGUGAGAUGGAGACCCUGGUCAGGGAGCACGGGGUGAACUCGUUCCAGAUGUUCAUGGCCUACAAAGACAUGAUGAUGCUGCGUGACUGCGAGCUCUACCAGACGCUGCAGACCUGUAAGGACAUCGGGGCCAUCGCUCGCGUCCACGCCGAGAACGGAGAGCUGGUAGCUGAGGGUGCCAAAGAAGCUCUGGAUUUGGGCAUCACUGGACCAGAGGGAAUAGAAGUCAGUCGACCAGAGGAGCUUGAGUCUGAGGCCACGCACAGAGCCGUCACCAUCGCCAACAGGGCCCGAUGCCCAAUCUACCUGGUGAAUGUGUCCAGUAUGUCUGCUGGGGACAUGAUUGCUGCUGCUAAGAUGCAGGGUAAGGUAGUCCACGCAGAGACCACUGUGGCUCACGCAGUUCUGAACGGGAUGCAGUAUUACCACCAGGACUGGGCUCACGCUGCCGCCCACGUCAUCGUCCCUCCUCUCCGUCUGGACCCAAACACACCGAGCUACCUCAUGGGCCUGCUGGGCAAUGACACUCUGAGCGUUGUGGCCUCAGAGCACCGUCCAUUCAGCACCAAGCAGAGAGCUCUGGGUAAAGAGGACUUCACCAAGAUCCCUCACGGAGUGGCUGGAGUCCAGGACAGGAUGAGCGUCAUCUGGGAGAGAGGAGUGGUUUCAGGAAAAAUGGAUGAGAACCGUUUUGUUGCGGUGACCAGCUCGAAUGCGGCAAAGAUCUACAACCUGUACCCGCGCAAAGGCCGCAUCAUCCCCGGCGCUGAUGCUGAUGUGGUGGUCUGGGAUCCAGAUGCAACAAGGACGAUCUCUGUGAGCACUCAAGUGCAGGGCGGAGAUUUCAACCUGUACGAGGGGCUGCGUUGCCACGGCGUUCCUCUGGUCACCAUCAGCCGCGGACGUUUGGUUUGUGAGAACGGCGUGUUCAUGUGCGCAGAGGGGUCUGGAAAGUUUUACCCACAACGCACUUUCCCCGACUAUCUCUAUAAGAAGAUGGUCCAGAGAGAAAAGACUCAGGCCUAUAAAAUGGUAGACAGGGAUCCGUACUCUGGCGAUGUGGCCAAGGUCGCUAACGCCAUGAAGAAGGAGCUCGGCCUGGGUCCCAUCGAUGGAGAGACACCCACCAAACCCUGUGCUCGAAGCCAUCAGGGAGUCAGAGACCUCCAUGAGUCCUCCUUUAGCCUGUCAGGGUCUCAGGUGGACGAUCACAUCCCCAAAAGGUCCUCGGCCCGGAUCCUGGCCCCUCCCGGCGGGCGCUCCAGUGGUAUCUGGUAAUCUGUUGCUGUUUUGGAGCGUCCACCAUCCAAGCCUCCAUGUUUUUGUAUAUUUCUGAGCAACCAGGAAAACUGCACUGAUUUUCUAUCACAGGAUUUUAAUCAAGACGGAAAAACAUUUAAUUUAACCAAGUUUCUUCGAUUGGUGACGAGACAACUGAUGAUCAGUGACUCAGCAGAGUGACAGCUGCAAAUCUAAUUUGUCGUUAUUGGAGUGACUGACCACAAUAAUCCCACGAGAGUGAAGGGCUAUCUCUGAAUUGAAAAUGUUUUGCCAAAUUCAAGCUGAUCGUUCUAACAUUGGUGAAGUCUGCUCAUUAUCACCCUGCUUGUAUCUCCUGACGAAACAAACUGUGAAAGAUCAAAACCAGUACAGUUUUUAAUGGUUUGAACUGAAGUGAUGUUGACCAAGUUAUUUAAAAAAAAAAA